CGAUGGCAAGUAUACCUGCUGAUCAUGAAGAGGCUGCAGAUAUCAUCUACGACAAGAUUCAAAUUCUUGUUGUUGAAGAGAAGAAAAGACGAAAGCAUGUCCAUCAGUUUUCUCCAUCCAUUUACAGAGUUCCAAACAUCCUUCGUGAUGUCGAGUCAAAAUGUUAUAGCCCUCGUAUCGUCUCAAUUGGACCUUUCCAUAAAGACGACCCAAAAAUGAAAGAAGUUGUAGUUCACAAAGUGACGUAUCUGCUUAGUCUUUUUCGUCGUUUAAGAUCCCCACGGGAUCAAACAAUGAAAGAAUGUGUCAACAGGGUGCUUGCUCAAAUAGACCAUAUCAAGGCAUGUUACGGAGGGGAGAUGGAGACCGAUAAUGACCAUGAAUUUGCAAAAAUGAUGGUUAUCGAUAGUUGUUUCAUACUAGAACUCGUUUACAGGUCAAACGAGAACGAGUAUGAGGGUCAUUCAUUUUUUGACGACAACUUGCUCACCCUUUAUGCUAAGCAUGACUUAGUCCUGCUAGAAAAUCAAAUCCCUUUCUUUGUUCUUGAAAACAUCUUUGAGUGUACAAUUAGGAAAUUUAGACCCAGUGCCUCUCUUACUAAGCUUAUCCUGUCGUUUUUAACAGAAAUUAACCCUUUCGGGAAAGAGCUAGUGCUCAAGWAUGAAGGUGCUCAUACGAAUUAUGAUCAUAUCCUCGGGCUUUUGCAGAAAUGUUACCAGCCUUCAAAUGCYAUGCUAUCASAGAUUUCAAAAAUAUCAAACUCGGGUGCAAAACUUYCAAAUGCAAUAACAUCGUACYCGGUUKCAGAACUGUCUAGGGCAGGGGUGAAGUUUARGCCUYAUGUAGAUGCAAAUUGGCAACURGCMAUGGAAUUCAAAYCAUCUAGGRUUCCAUGCUAUAUCUGGUCUUGGGGUAAGCCUACUUUCAGAAUGCCUCUCCUUCAAAUYGAAGAUUAUACUGAAUCAGUUUUAAGAAACCUUAUUGCAUACGAGCAGUGCUCUCCUGCGAUUCCUAAUUACAUUACAUCAUAUGCUUUUGUUCUACACUGA